AUGACCCCGGCGAUAGUCAAACUACUUGAGUGGCUGUUCAUACACAGUGGGCGUGCAGGGCCUGUGUUCGAGGCGAUCGUGCAAACAGCUGCCAGCACAGCGAUAAUCCCCUGCUGCAUAUCAAAAAGAAAGGGCGCCCAGUCUCGCAAUGCGCGCAUUGCCGAGGCCUUCGAAAGUCUCGAUCAACGCAUGUCAAAUGUGAAUGUGGAACAAGAUGUGGGGCUCCCGGGAAUGCCGAUCGAGUUCCCCGGAACCAACCACAGCCCAGGAACGCCAGACGCGCUCCUAGGCACGGAUCAAGUGAUCCCAGAAACACCUCGUGUCCUCGAGCAACUCUAA